AUGACGAGACCGCGGCGCUCCUCCGCCGCAAGCGACGAGAGCAAUCUCACCGCGCGUGACCAGGAGCUGGGUAGUAUGUACGACUAUCUGGCCAAGAUCAUAUUGCUUGGACCUAGCGGGACGGGCAAGUCCUGCUUGCUACAUCGCUUCGUAAAGAACGAGUGGAGGGUCCUCUCGUCACAGACCAUCGGCGUCGAGUUCGCGACCAAGAUCAUCAAAGUCGGCACAGGCGCAAGGAGGAAACGGAUAAAGCUACAGCUCUGGGACACCGCCGGCACCGAGCGCUUCCGGUCCGUGUCUCGCUCCUACUACCGCGGCGCCGCGGGCGCCAUCCUCGUCUACGACAUCACAUCGCACGCAUCCUUCCACUCCCUACAGCCCUUCCUCAACGAUGCGCGCGCCCUCGCCUCCCCGAACCUGACCCUCGUCCUCGCCGGCAACAAGCUCGACCUUGCCGACAGCAACGCCCUCGUCGACACGUCCAUGCCGCCGCCCACCCCCUCCAGCUACAGUUCCUCCAACACGAUAACAGCGCCAGCGGGCGCCGGCGCCAGCAGCUACGCUUCGUACUCGGCGGCGAGCGUGAGCAGCACGACGAGCAGGAGCACGAUGGCGACCAUGACAGACCGGGACCCGUGGGGCGGCGGGUUGUCCGGCGGGGCGACCGGGCACGAGCAGCGGGCGACGAUCGCGCUCGAGGGCCGCGAGGUGUCGGCGACCGAGGCGAGCCGGUGGGCGAGCGGCGUCAACGUCCCCGUGACGAUGGAGGUGAGCGCGCUCAACGGGGACGGCGUCGACGAGGUCUUUGGCCGGCUCGCCAGGAUGAUCCUCACCAAGAUCGAGCUGGGCGAGAUCGACCCGGACGAUCCCAUGAGCGGCAUCCAGUACGGCGAUGCCGGGGGGCUGUGGCACAGCGGCGCGAGCACCGACGGCGCCAGCAUCAAGAGCUCGCUGACCACGGACGACAUCGGGGCCGGGGGCGGACGGCGGAGGGGACGGGGCAGGGGCAAGAGUAGGAGCCAGUGGGGAAUGGGCGGCAUGAGGGACUGGGAAGAGGUGUUCACGCUGAGCAAUCGCAGGAGCAGGAGGGGUUGUUGCUGA